AUGGCACAGAAAGGAAUGCGUAUAGGGCCGCUGCCUGUGGGUCGCCGGGGCGCGUCUGGAGCUAGCGCUGGACGCGGCAGCAUGCGGGCCGCCAACCGAGCGCGAGGAGCUGCACGAUCACCUAGCAGCCCCUCGCAUCCAUCAUCCCCACCAGAAGGCUUGGUGUCGGCUAGGUCUUCUCGGACUCAGCAAGCGGCACCCGCCGCUGGUGGAGCACGUCGCAUGCGUUGGACAAAACCUAUGAACGAAAACGCAUUGCGUCGUUAUAGGGCGAAAGGGGAAGAAACUGUGGGAAUAGCGUAUAGGUCUCGGAUGGAUAGCUUUUUUGCUGAGCUGAAGCCUUCUAUCGCCGUCACGGAACAAAACCUGGCAGACCGAGUUUGGUACAUCAUGCGCUCGAAAAUAUUUGAUGAUCUCCAAUGA